AUGUUCCCAGGUGGUGAAAGAAAAACUGUCCUUGAGGAUAAGGCUCGGGAACCCCUUUCAUCUCCGUCCAGUCGCAUCUCCAUCAAAGAGGACCGUUACCUUUCGCAGACAUAUCUCUCCCCACCGUCUUCGUCCAAAUCGACAAGUUCUCCUCACUAUAACCAAUUUCGGCCCGGGCAGUCUCCUUUCUUUGCAGGUUCCCGCAGAGAACAGCGUCCCAGUGGGCCUCCGUAUCGUCUUACAGCUCUCGGCAGUCAAAAUUCUUCGCCUGGAAAUAAAUAUCUACCAGAAACUCCUGAAUCUGCGACUUCGGCGGACCUUUCAUCCUUAUAUUCACCCAUUGUAGGUGGAACAAAGGACAAUAGCAGUGCCUUAUCACCCUCCAGCUUCUCGUCACCAUCUUCACCUACACCACCCAACGAGAAGAAGCCCAGUCUUCCACUCACACGCGCGCCAAGACGAGUUCUUCGACCAGACAACUGGUGGCAGAAGCAGGGCAAGCAGUCGCCAAGUGACUCUGCGUCUGCCAGACCUCCGCAUCUUCCCCCCAAGUCUCCACUCCGACUCAGUGAAGAUUUUGCAAAGCCUCCUCCGCUUCCUCAGAGAUCACCUCUUCGACCAAAAGGGCUUCCACUUUCACGUGAGCCUGCUGCCACUGACCGAAAUUCCGCCGCAAGGUUUGAGCCCGAGCUUCAGGAAGACAGAGCACUCUGGGACGAGCUAUCUCCGCCUCCGCUUUGCGUUCGAAAGACCAGACCUCAAGCACCUCCAGCAACUCCAGCACGCGCUGAACCGGAAGAUCGGCAGCGAAAGAGUCGUCUCGCUUCCGCAGAUUGCCAAGCAGUCCUUGACUGUCCAGAACCAGAGUACACACCGCUCACCCGUGAAUUUGUUCUCCGACGCCUCCUUUCAGAAGAAUCAUUCAACGAAGCCACAAAGCAGCACCCCGCAACAACACGAGACGAAGAAGAACUAUCAGCUGAAAUCCUCGCACACCGCCGAAAGACCCUUGAAAUCCUUGAAUCAUCACCAGAGGCGGAAGAGUCCGAUACGCCUUUGCGGAGAACAAAAACUUUCAAACAACAACGCCGAGUUGGGGCGACUUUCACAAUGGACAGUCUUCAUCCGGACUCAGCUGCAGCUAUGACUGCUCACCGUCGCGAGGCGAUUCGUCUUGCCCAGGAACAACAACGGGCGGUUGAGGAGAAGUGCAAGAGAUCCAAGCAGCUUGAGCCUGACUAUGCAUUUGAUGAGUUGAUUGGUAAAGGUAGCUUCGGUAGAGUGUACAAAGGACGUCAACUUUCCACAUCGAAGGUCGUUGCCAUCAAAGUCCUUGACGUCGAUGAAGCGGAUUUUCAUGCCUUUGGUGAUCACAAGGACGAACAAAUUCGAGACUUCAACCGAGAAAUUAGAAUCCUGCGACAAGCUCAAGAGAGUGGAGCAGAAAACCUCAAUCAAAUGAUCGAAGCUCUGCCCGUGCAUAGUCAGUUAUGGUUGGUGUGUGAAUAUUGUCCUGGCGGCAGUGUCAAAACCCUGAUGAGGGCUACCAACGACAGACUUUCCGAAAAAUAUAUCAUAAUUAUCGCACGGGAAUUGGCAAAGGCUUUAAAGGGUCUUCACGAAGCAGGCAUCAUGCACCGGGAUGUCAAAGCUGCCAAUGUUCUUAUUCACCAAGAGGGUCGUCUAGAAUUGUGUGACUUUGGUGUUGCCACCAUUCUUGAUACCCAAACAGACAAGCGAAAGACAUUCAUAGGAACUCUGCACUGGAUGCCGCCAGAGCUGUGGACAGAGAAUCCCGAGUACUCAGAUGAGGUCGAUGUGUGGGAAUACGGCUGCACAAUCUAUGAAUGUGCCAUGGGACGGCCGCCCAAUAGCGAUCUGCGUGAACGUCAACAACUCAAAAUGAGAAUGAGACGCCUGAAGCAGGCCAUCUCCCUCCCAGAAAAUGAGGCUUUCAGUGACGGUCUACGCUCACUUGUGUCCUACGCACUUACUCCUGAUGCCGCCACGCGACCGUCGAUGAAGGAUGUUUUACAACACGAUUUUCUCAAGGACACCGAAGCGACGCAUCCAACGAGCAUGCUCACCGAGCUCGUUCAAACAUAUUACGCGUGGCUGUUCAGUGGCGGCCAAAGAAUCUCUCUAUUCAUGCCUGGAGGCGCAGCGGCUGCUUCUGCCCAAGGCCCUGAUGCCGACAUCGAUUCCGAAGAUGAAUGGAACUUUAGCAUGACUCAAGAUUUCGAAAAACGCGUAUCUGCAAUCUUGGAGAUCCCUGACUUCUCGAGUUCGUCUCCCGACGAAACCGUGACAGGAGAAGAGACCCCCAAAGGGUUGACCAGACCUGGCGGUCUCUCGCCCCCCAAAGAAAUGACCGCAGCUCAAAAGGCCAACUUUGAAGCCCGGGUCAAAAGAGGAGCAGACCUCUCCAACCUGUUUGACCAGAACAAGCCCGCAUACGAAUACAAGACCAAAACGGAUUUUAUCCCCAUCCCCGAACAGCGUCGAAUAUCCGACUUACCAUUCCGAGCCAUGGCGGAAGACCGGCCUAGCUCUAUCGCAUCUAACGUCAUUGAUCUGGGAGACUUCGAUGAAGCCGACUAUGCCGUCGCAGCUGCCCCAAGGACAGAUGAUAAAAUCCAGACCGCUUACGCUGCCACACCCAUGAAAGAAGAGACCAUCAGACUUGCGGACGCAUCUACACUUCGGGAGAAGCGGGCCAAUUCCAAGGGUCCCCGUGAUCCCAACAACCAGUCUCUCACCGCCAGGAGAGCCUCAUCCGCUGAGGCUGUCGCCCCUCCAAGCACGUCCGCACAUGACUUUGCAAUGUCUCAAGAAGAAUGGACUGUGAAGAACAGAACAAAGGCCCCUGAGCUGCAAGAGCCAGCUGAAAUCACGUCGUCCCGACCCGGGCAUGCGACCAUGGACUGGUCCUUCGCGAGCGCGAUGUCCGAGGCAGCCAUGACAAUCCCACAAAUCAACGUCCCCUCGGAAGAAGAGCCCACAAACGGUCACGAACUCCCCGGCCCGCCGGAAGAGGAGGUCGAGGCAGAGGCCAGUUUCAGCCAAAAGACCAAGAAACACAAUACAAUGGAUUGGUCUUUCUCUUCCGCCAUGGCCGAAGCAAAGGUUGCCGACGACUACGAAGAGCAAGAAGCUGUAGGAUCGUCCCCCCCAGCCGCCACUCUUACAUACCAGAAACCUGCUGCUUCUAGACCUACACCAACCCGUCCGGCGCCGUUGUCGCGCCAGAUGACCAUGCCGGUGACGCUCGGUGACUUCGUGCAAGCGGAAGGACGGGAGAUCCCUCGACCUUCCACCGCACUGUCUGAAGCAUACAGCGACGUUUCAGCCUCGUCUACGGACGUGGAUCCAUUUGGCCUUGAGCGCGACGACGACGGCGACGGAGAUCAUCCGGGCCCUGCCACCAUGGACGAAGACGUCAACAUGGGUGGGUCCUAUUCGGGGAGAGGGAGGACGAUGCGCCCCGGGUAUUCCUCGGCAACAACCAUGCCAUUGACGGCGUCCGGUCCGCGUCCGGCACGGAUUGGCGAAGACGGCUUUCCUGGGCCCAGCCACUCCCACUCGGGAGCACCCAACAUGCACCGGGCAUCAGAUUCUUCGGUGACGUCGAACGCCACGGCGAUUCCUGCGGGUGGAGUGCAAGCUCCCCUCGUCGCCUUCGUGCCGCCCGCAUCUCCUCCCAGCACGGCGGCGAUGUCCGCCAACGCCUCCAAUGAAGAGGUUGAGGCGGAGUUGAUGCGCCUGCUGAAGGGGCUGCAGGGGACGUUGAACGCGGCGACGGAGGUCAUGGGUGGGCUGGAGAGGAGCAAAAAGGGUGAGGAGGGGGAUGUGGAGGAGGAGUGGACGUCUGAGGAGGAGCAGGAGGAGUAA